UCGAAGCCCUCAUCGCUGUGGUUUCUCCUCUAAAAUCUAUUUUAAAAUCAAGCGAUGAGUGGCACCUAGACGGAACCUUUAAAUGCAGGCCGAGUACUCCGAAAUUCUGUCAAGUUUUCGUCGUCAUGGCCUCCGAACACGGACGAGCUUUUCCCAUAGCAUGGGCCUUGAUGAAGACGCGAACAAUUGAAGCAUACAAUGUGGUUUUCAAAGCGUUGAAAGACCACAUCUCCGAUUUGUCACCCAAAAAUAUUAUAAGUGACUACGAGAAGGCAAUUCGUGCUUCAGUAAGGCAGAAUUUUCCAAAUUCCAAACAUAUUGGCUGCUGGUUCCAUUUUAGUCAGGCGAUCGACAGACAAUCGCGAAAGCUUGGGAUCACGCAUGGCGAAGAAGGCGGUUGCAAUGUUGCCAAAAGAUUGAUGGCGACGGCGCUACUUCCGCAUGAGGUCAUCCCACAAGCUGUUCAAGUCAUUGAGCAGCUUGUCUAUUCAACCCCUCCAGCUUAUCAGACAAAAGCAAUACGUCUAUUGCAAUAUUUCAAAGACGAGUGGAUGAGGAAAGUCACUCCCCAUGCUUUUUCCGUCUUUGGGCAGAAAAAUAGAACAAACAACUGCCAAGAAACGCUAAACAGGAACAUCAACCGUACCAUCGUGCCACAGGGAAACAUCUGGGACUUUUGGGAGGGACUGUUGGCCUUAUCGGUCAAGGAAAUCAACUAUCAUGACGAACUUUCGAGAGGUCUCGAAUGCGCGAGACCAAAAAAAAACAAGUGGCUCCUUCAGGAUAUCAGUAUUGCAAGGUUGCAAAAAAAAUUUGUGGAUGAACGAAUAACUCUGGCGUCUUUUUUGACGUGUGCAUCCCACCGUAUUGCUAGAGUUGUAAUACCAGUCGAAGACAGGAGGGGUGACAACGCCGAGGAUGUUGAGGACGUCGAGUUAAGCAGCCUUGAUGUCGUCCCAGGCGAAAAUCAGGAACAACUAUUGGUGGUGGAAGAUGAAGGUGGAGCGAUGGAUGUUGAAGAAGAAGAACCAGUGGAUUCACAGUUGAAGGAGUACCGAAUGAAAAAAAUAUUCCUUGAAGUACACUCGAUAUUAGAUUGUACUUUGGCCUCCUUCGUCGACAAGCAGGUGGAGGAGCUUAUGCUGGACAUGGAGGACCGUGAGGAAAAUACACCGAGUCAGCCUCCACUACCGGAGUGCUCCAUUUGCUUAACGAACACUGCUACAAGGAUGGCUGUGCCAUGCGGGCAUUUCAUGGGUUGCAGCCAGUGCAUUGUAGCGCAUUUGCAAACCCCCUCCUACUAUAAGGUGGGGGAGGAGCUUGAAUUAGAGGAAAUAAGGCUUCCAAUAAGAUGCAUGCGAUGCAUGUGUCUUAUUGGAAAACUAAUUCGGUCUUUUUUAUGAAGUAGCAAAAAAUUUUAUUUAUUGUAUUGUGUGUAAUUGUAUUGUAUUGUGUGUAAUUGUAUUGAAUUGUGUGUGAUUGUAUUGUAUUGUGUUUAAUUGCAUUGUAUUGUGUGUAAUUGUAUUGUAUUGUGUGUAAUUAAUUUUAUGUAUUGCAGAAUAUGUGAGUGUGUUAUUUAUAAAAUUCUUUUUACAGCAUUUUACUUAACUUACUUUGGAUCAUCUCUGUCAGGGUAGAAUUUUGUAAAUUAAUUUUCAUCCACUUCCCGACGAGCUAGAGACUUGAAACUUUCAGAAUAGAUCAAAACCUAAUGACAAUGCAACUUUUGGAUCGAAUCAAAACGUUGGUUUUUUCAAUAUAUUCAUUAUCUUUUUAGUUUUACAUGUAGGCCUAUGUAUGCUUUUCAGUAAGUUCAUCUGCCAAGACUUUCACGUCACAUUUUGAUAAUUUUCAACCUGUUCAGGAUAGCAUUUCUUUUCCCAGAUGUCACAAUUCAUAUCACAGAAGGUGUUAUUCAUAAAAUACUUUUGCAACAUAAUCAAUAUUAUUUACUAUUAGCUGAUGGAAUGAAUCUUUUUAUUGAUUUUUUAUUUAUACAUUAAUUUCUCCAUAUAAAAUUUUGUUUUGUAAAAAUUAAUCAAAAUACAAAAUGAAUCAUAAUGAAAACUAUUGAAGGUUGCAUUGUAAUCAGGUUUUGAUCUAUUCUGAAAGUUUCAAGUCUCUAGCUCGUCGGGAAGU